CUGGGGUUGACCCGCCCCCUGGGAUAGCCCAGAAUGCCAAGGUCCGAUUGCCUCUGAUGGAGCACUGGCUUUCCCUACUAGCAUCACCGCCCGCCUGUCUAUGGUUGCAGUAUUUGCCUACCAACCCUCGUCCGUCACAGCGCAAAAUGCCACCAGUGCCAAAUGGACACUGGCCACAAACCGAAUAUCAUCGACCCACGCCUCGUCCCUCCUUCGCCAUUCUGAUAUGUACCAUUUGCCUUCCUACAUUUCGUCACCCAUGCCACUUACUGUGCCCAAGCAAUGGGCGCCACUCAUCUAACUGCCCAAACACAAUGCGUGAUUGGUGUAGUGAAACCAGCAACUGGCAACAUCCAAAUUCUGUGCGGGUGACCUAUUAAACAACAGCUUCGUACCGCAAAUGCCACAUGUGGCUCUGUGGGUCAUGG